AUGGCCGCCCAUUUCACAAAUAAAGUCUUCUGUCUUACAGGCGCAGCAGCCGGAAUAGGCCUAUCCACAGCCAAAGCUCUUCUCUCACGCGGUGCGGCCGUCGGUAUUUGCGAUAUCCGUGAAAAGAAUUUACGCAGCGCAUAUGAUUGCCUGACUGAGACUGAAAAGUCGCGAGUUUUGAUACACCCACUAGAUGUUACCAAUCGAGCACAAGUCAGGGAUUUUCUGGAAGCCACCAAGAGCCGAUUUGGCCGGGUCGAUGGCGUCGCAAACAUUGCCGGGACAGCCGGCAAGAGUUUCGGGCUCAGAGAGCUUUGGGAAAUCUCCUCGGAAGAGUAUGAUUUUGUGAUGGACGUCAAUGUUCGUGGAACGUUCAACUUGCUGGCGGAGUCGAUGGUCCCCGGCUUUCUUGAGCCUGGGUCUAGUAUUGUCAAUCUCGGAAGUGUGGCUUCGGCGCGCGGGUACAAUAAGGGCGCUAUGUACCCUGCCAGCAAACAUGCGGUAGUUGGCUUGACGAAAAGUGCAGCAAUUGAAGGGGGCUCCCGAGACAUCCGUGUGAAUGCCAUUUUGCCGGGUCCGACGAACACUGAACUUCUCACUCAGGCUACCGAGGCUUUUGGGAACAUGAAGCGGCCAAGUGCGUUCCGUCCUAUGCAACGUGCAGCUGAUGUAUCGGAGCUUAGUAGCGUAAUUGUUUUCUUGUUAGGACCAGAGAGCACUUUUGUCACAGGUGCUGUGUGGGCAGUGGAUGGCGGGUCCCUUGCAUGA